AUGCAAAUAUAUGCAUAUGAACAAUCGCAUUGUUUAUGUUUUAAACAUUGGUGCGCAAUACAUGUUAGAGUCAUAAUUUCAUUUGUCAUGCAUACAAUACAAAUAUAUGCACAAGUUUUCUUGUUUAAUUUAUAUACAGUGACUUCAAUUGAUACUCCAAAAGAAGUUAUAGUGAAAACUGCAAAUGGAUACAUUUCGGGUUUGGAACUACAGGAUUACAACAAUAAUUUGUAUUAUGCUUUUCAAUCAGUGCCAUAUGCGCAACCACCUAUUGGAGAUUUACGUUUUCUUCCUCCUAAAGAAUCACUACCAUGGGUAGGAGUAAAGGAUGGUACACGCGAAUCACCCCAAUGUGUUCAACCCGCUGGACCUACAUUUGUUGGACAGGAAGAUUGUCUAUACUUGAAUGUCUACACAAAUGCAUUAAAUAAUUCACAUUUGCAACCUGUGGUAGUCUAUAUUCACCCUGGUGGAUUCUUUAGAUCAUCCGGGAUAUUUUCCAACGCCAAUCCAAAACUUCUCAUCACAGAAAACAUUGUAAUUGUCACUAUAAACUAUCGUCUAUCAGCGUUUGGUUUUUUAACGCUUGGAAACUCAACUUUAAUUACACCUAACAACGGAUUUCGAGAUCAAGUAAUGGUUUUAAAGUGGAUCCAAAAUAACAUCAUGCAAUUUGGUGGAAAUCCCUAUUCGGUGACGAUAAGUGGAGUGAGUGCAGGUGGAUUGUCAGCGCAUUAUCAUCUAUACUCGCCGCUAUCAAAAGGACUUUUUCAUAAAAUCAUUUCACGGAGUAAUACUGUACUGGCUCCAUUAGAACCACUAAAAUGGAACACCGCCAUUGAAUUAGCCGAAGAACUUGAUAUCAAUACAGAGAAUUUUACUAGUAUGAUACAAAAUUUACGUAACAUUUCCGUUGAGGAUUUAUAUAAAGCUCAAGAACGCAAACAUUGGUUUGAUUUUUAUUUGGAUAAACCAAUGUAUUCGGGGUUGUACAUUGAAAAGCCAAGUAAUUUGAGUUUUAUAAGUGAUUCCUUAUUGAGUGCUACUAAAUCAGGCAAUUUUAAUCGUGUUCCAAUGAUGUUGAGCAAUACAAACAUGGAAGGCAUGGUUUUUAAUUCGUCCGCAAUUCCGAAUUUGUGGCAGAUGACAAAUAUAUCUAUUCAUGUGCCAUCAUUGUUUGGUGUGAAUCAUAGUUUGAUGGUUGAUGAAGUCGAAAACUAUUAUUUUAAUAAUAAUAGUUUUAAAUAUCCGUAUUAUGAAUUUUGGGGUGACAUUUGGUAUAAGCACGCAGCAUAUCGUACACUACAAUUCGCGAGUAAAUAUCAGAAGAUUUACAUGAUGAAUUUUGGAUUGGACACAAACCUGAAUGUUUUUAAAUUAACUCAUAGUACUAUAGCAAAUGUGGAUGGUGCAUGUCAUACCGAUGACGAUACUUAUAUUUACAAUAAACUACUGAGUCCUCAGAUAGUUCCAAAUAGUUUAGAAGAGACUUGGAUGAAAAGGAUGAUUCGAUUGCAAGCAAAUUUCAUUAAGUACUCCAAUCCUACGCCAUUCUCUGAUAAUUUAUUGAUGAAUGUUAAGUGGAAACCAUAUCGUAAAGCCAGUGCUAAUGUUUUAAUGCUAAAUAAUACAAAUAUGUGGAUAGGCAAAGAAUAUAAUAAGAAUUUUGGUUUUUGGGAGAGAAUGUAUCAGAAAUAUGCGCCAGGAAAAUGAUAAAAAUACAUUAAACGUACAUUACUUAAAUGAAAUUUAAAUGAUUAUAAUAUAAACUACGGAUUACGUAUUCUACGAAGAAAAUAAAUAUAAUACAAAAGAUAAAAAGUGAGAAUUGUAUAUUAAAUAUUGACUGCUGUACAAUUUAUUAACGAUUGGGGUUAAUACUGUAAAACGGGUUGUAGGCUUUAGUAUGUGCAUCUAGGGUGUACCUUUACUUGUAGAGGGCGGUAAAAUAAGUUCUAUGCCCAAAACCUGAAAAGUUCAUUAUAUAUGGGCCUGAAAAUCAAUGAUGGUUAUCGCUUCUCGGCUCCGGCUAAGAUCAAAGUGUAGUAUCUGUUCUUAUCAGCUUAAUAUCUGAUACGACCCGCAUGCGGGUCCAGUAUAUUAAACUGAUUUUUGGACAUGGAUGAGAGUUAGGGGCUUGCUCCACUCACAUCACGGGUUGGCCCGGUAUUGCAGUACCUCCGGGAUCGGCCCACAUUUAA